CUUUUGCAUGGAUUUGAUCAUAUUUGUCAACACCGAUCAUGGCCGGUUAUUACAAGAAGUAUCUCACGCUGCUCCAAUCUUGGCCUUUGGAUAAAGCUAAAGUAGGCAAGGAUUUGGGCCAGCACAUCAGGGAUCAGGUGAAACUGGCAUUUUCCAAGGGCGAUUUAAACAAGGUAGACGAGAAGCGCUGCGAUUCUUACUACAAUAGUUUGCAAAGGAUCGCUACCAAUCAUCACGGAAAAUUGCACAAGCGCACGCUCAACAGUACGGCCAGUGGCUUGACUGGGGACCAGUGCAACUCUGUACUAUCACCAGAAUUCCUUAAGUAUUGGAAAGAAGAGGAAAGUGGAUUGCUGUCCAAAACGGCAAGGCUCUUCGGAAUAAAACAGCGUUAUGACUCUAAGGACGAUUAG